GCACACGCUCAGACACCACAAUGCUGCUUCUGCGAACGCUGCUCCCGGCGGCGGUGAGCUCGCGCUGCUGCCGGCUCGUGCCGCCGCUUGCAGCGCUCGCCAGUGCUUCUCCUGCCGACGCUGCGGCGGCGCAGGGCGAGGUGGUGCGCGAGCUCAAGGCGGCCGCUGAGCGCGAUGAGGCCGCGAUCAAGGCUGCCGUCGAGCGUCUCCUCGCCCUCAAGGCGCAGCUUCCCGCACCGGCGCAGGCGGUGGCGGCGGGCGGGCACACGCCGUACGCCUACUCGUUUGCGCCGACCCACUCCUCCGCCGCCUUUGCGGAGGCGUUCGAUUCUCUCUCUCCCGGCGCCGAGGAUGCGUCUGCCGAGGUCGCGCUGUGCGGCCGUGUCAUGACGAAGCGCUCGUUCGGCAAGCUGGCCUUCUUCACGGUGCAAGACGGCGAGGGCACUUUCCAGCUCUAUCUCGACAAGAAGCGCCUGGGAGCCGCCUUCAGGCCCUUCCUCGACGCCACCGACGGAGGCGGCUUUGGCGGCGUCAAGCGGACGGACAAGGGCGAGCUGUCGGUGCUGGCGACACUGCUGACCAAGGCGCUGCGCCCUCUACCCGACAAGUGGAAGGGGCUGGCCGACGUCAACAAGAGGUACCGGCAGCGCUACCUCGACAUGAUCGUCAACCCGCGCGUGCGCGCCACCUUCGCCGCGCGCGCGCGCAUCACGGCCUACCUCCGGAGGUACCUCGACGAGCGCGGCUUCCUCGAGAUCGAGACGCCGUGCCUCAACGCGCAGCCGGGCGGCGCAGAGGCGAAGCCGUUCGAGACGUACCACAACGCCCUCGGCCUCGACCUCACGCUGCGGAUCGCGACGGAGCUCUACCUCAAGCGCCUCGUCAUCGGCGGCGUGGAGCGUGUCUACGAGCUCGGCCGCAUCUUCCGCAACGAGGGCAUCUCGACGCGGCACAACCCAGAGUUCACCUCGAUCGAGCUCUACCAAGCCUACGCCGACUACGAGGCCCACGACAGGCCCCCGGGGGAGCUCGUCGCCGGCGCGGCGCGGCACGUGGCGGGAGGGACUUCCGUCGAGUACCAGGGCGCCUCCAUCGACCUCGCGCCGCCGUGGCGCCGCGUCACCAUGGCGGAGCUCGAGCUCUGCGAGCCAGAGCUGGUGCAGCCGACCUUCGUCCUCGACCACCCGACCGAGGAGCGGUUCGAGCUCUUUGCGGUCGGCCGCGAGCUCGCCAACGCCUUUUCGGAGCUGACGGACCCGGUGGACCAGCGGGCCCGGUUUGAGGCGCAGGCAGCCAAGAAGGCGGCGGGGGAUGAGGAGGCGUGCGGCGUCGACGAGGACUUCCUGACCGCGCUCGAGCAUGGCAUGCCGCCCACGGGCGGACUGGGCAUCGGGAUCGACCGGCUGGUGAUGCUGCUGACCGACUCGCCUUCCAUCAAGGACGUCAUUGCCUUCCCCCUCCUCCGCCCAGAGGGCCAGCCGGCACCAAAGGAGUGACGCGCAGAGCUGCAGCUGGCGAGAGAGCGGAGUCGCGAGUCUGUCGGAGCAGAGACGUCGGCUGGAGCGUCAGCGCGUGGAGGUCGCGCGCGUGGGCUGGCCAAACAUGUUUCACGUACGGUGUGUGGGCGCGGGGGCGCGCCGCCCGCGGGCGGCGGACACGGGGCAGGACUUGCGCAGGGGACCGCAGCGCGAUCUCGUAGGUGCGUCAGCGUGGGGCGC